CCUGAGUGUGCCAGUCCUCCGCCAUAUUGACUGUUGUCUUGACUGGAGGAGAUAGAGAACAUUUUGAGGUCCGAGAAGAAACGAAAGUGUGCUCUUAAAUCGAUCGAAACUGGUGCAAACUCGGUCAAAGCGUGUUACAAACAGCGUCGUUAUGGCAAGGAAGAAAAGCAAGCAGCAAAGUGUGGCCCAGAAGGAGCUCGAUCCUGAACAGCAGACCGUACCGAAGAGCCCCGUCUCUCCCGGCGAUGCAGCUGGCGGUGGCGGCGGAGAUGCUGGGCUGGAUAGGCUGGCCACUAGCAGGGCGAACCAGCCUAUGCACACCUGCUGCCUCUUGUGCCAUCGUGAGUUUAAGGACUGGGGAGCAGGCUCUGUGAACGGACUCCCCGGGGGCCACGGGACCAAGCUGGCUGAUGCUGUGCCUGCACUCUCCCAGGCGUUAUUGCGGGAGGCGCCAGGGCGUAAGCUUGCUGAUGCCGUGCCCUCGCUGUCACAGUCCCUGUUGGGAGAGGUGCCUCUGUGGAUCUGUCAGAGCUGCUGCAAGAGUGUGGAAGAGGAGGAGAGGCGGAGCACCCAGGAGCAGCAGACGCCGGUACCAUUGUCACACUCUUCCUCCUGUAAGUCUCAGAGCUGCGGGAACGGUUACCCCGAGCAAAGUACUGUGGAUUGGGACCCGAGUUCCUUCCUGUCAGCCCACAAACUGUCAGGUCUCUGGAACUCUGCCCACACCAACGGAGGGGAGCACUGCAACCACAACACUUCUUCACACUCACAACAAGGUCUAUCCGCAGGUUCAGCCUGUCAUGAGAAAAGAGGACUUCAUGAAGCGCCCGGAAAAUCUGCUAAAACGUCAGCCCCCAAAGUCUGUCCCUACAGUCACCCGUCAUCCCAGAACUCCAGCGGAUCUUCUGCUGGCAACCCCCUGUCUACCUCAGCAGACCUUUGUAAGACCACUCCCAAGCACUUCAAGACCAUGUGCCGUCGACCAACUCCACCAGGUGAAGCCUUCCACCCCAGUGACCACCAUCAACACACAGACUUGUCGGUACCCCCCAAUAGUCCAACGGGACUGUCGUCCCAGCAUUCCUCACUCCUGCCGCCAAAGCCGAACUCGGGGCAGCACGGCCAUGUAACCUCCUCAUCUGGUCCAGGUGUGGCAGCCCACGCACCCUUCUCCCCGCUGGUACCAAACCUCCAUGGCCCCACAGCCAAACUCAAUUCCCCCAGCCCCGACAGCCCGACAUCUGUCCACAAGCCCAGCCCGUGCAAAAACUCCCACAUUCCUGCUGUGAACACACAACACAGCAAACUGGGUUCGUCUAUCAUGGGCUGUAACCACCCAUGUAACGGACACAGCGCGGGAACAGUGCCCACUUCAAAUGUAGGCCAUCUUACAGCUGGGGCCUGCAGGGACCAGGCAUGCAAGGGUCACAAAAUGACUAAUGGCACAUUGUGCCACCCUUCUUCUGAGCUGGAGGAGGGGGAAGAUGAAGACAGCAGCUCUGAGAGGAGCUCCUGUGCCUCAUCUUCUACCAACCAGAAGGAUGGGAAGUACUGCGACUGCUGCUACUGCGAGUUCUUUGGACACAAUGCGCCCCCAGCUGCUCCAACGAGCCGGAACUACGCAGAGAUCCGAGAGAAGCUCCGCUCACGUCUGACCCGGCGUAAAGAGGAGCUGCCUCAGCGACAGGACUCAGAUCUGACAGCGACGGGGGCCAUCGACAACCGAGAUGUGGACGAGCUGCUAGAUUUCAUAAACAGUUCUGAGCCCAAACCUGUAAACAGUGCCAAGGCGGCAAAAAGAGCACGGCACAAACAGAAGAAGAAGGAAAAAGCUCAGCAGGGUGCUGCAGGCAGUGACCCCAACUCCAAUCCUUCUGAGCCUGCAGACGAGCCCCUCCCUGAUGGCUCAGAAGCCAGUCGAUUGCUUGACUGGCCACAGCUGGAGCUUGAGCGUGUCAACAGUUUCCUCACCAGUCGGCUCGAAGAGAUAAAGAACACCAUCAAAGACUCAAUCCGGGCCUCGUUUAGUAUGUACGACCUCAACCUGGAUGUCAAUGACUUCCCAAAGAAAGCCGCCACGUUGGAGGGCAACCAUUUACUGUCCCAUCUCAAUGGUUCCUCGGACCUGCAGCAGAUAGACCUGGACCUGGCCCCUCUUUCACUGGGAACCUUUAAGAGCCAUCUGGACCUGGUGAAUGGAUGGGAUGACACAACUACUGUUUCCCCCUCUAACAACACCAACACACCAUCAGGGGUCCCUGCUGGGUCCAAGGACAUCCAGCGGUUGCACACUACCCCAAGCCUCUCAAAGCUCAUUAGGGUUCGAUCACCAGAAAGAUGCACUUCAACUGGAUCCGAUAGUUUGCCGCAGGUGCCUGCCCAGGCUACAGCUAAAUCGAAAGAGGAUACCCCCGAUCCCAAGAACGCAGGUGUUGGGAAUGUUGGUGCAAAGUCAAAGAAGAAUAAAAAGCAGCAGCAAAGGCAAGAUCAGUCUGUGUCAGAGCAAAACUCCAACAAACCAACCAAAGCUGCCUCUGGGAAUGAAACACAGAAAACCAAUGAGUCUAAAGAAAUGGCCUCUAAUGGCUCAAAAGCUGGGAACAAACAACUUCAGCACUCUGCAGACAACCAGAGAAAUGGGCCCAAGAAAGCUGAGGAGAGUCGAUCGACCAAACAUCCUGCAAAUGGUAGCCUCUUGAAUGCACAAAGGGGGAAAGGUGAAACAGAAACGCGAGGAAGUCGGUCUGAGCAGGAUUCCGAAAACAAGGCUCACCCCACCAUCACAGCUAACGGGCAGCAACAGCAGCAGGCCAAGGGGAAGAAUAAGAAGAACAAGAACAAGGGGGAAAAAUCCAGCAGUGCUAUCGACGAUGUAUUUCUCCCUAAAGAUGUCGAUCCUACAGAAAUGGAUGAGAUUGAUCGGGAAGUGGAAUACUUCAAAAGGUUUUGCCUUGAUUCUGCAAAACAAACUCGCCAGAAGGUAGCAGUGAAUUGGUCCAACUUCAGCCUCAAAAAGGUUCCUUCCAAUGCAGCUCAAUAACUUGGAUGAGUGCCGGAAAAAAAACACAAACUCUUUCAGUAGAGCCCUAUUAGGCCUGAGGCCUUCUCUCAUUCCCUGUUUCUUCUCUUCCUUACUAAGCCAAGGGACCCUGGUUCAAAUUCAUACUCUCCAUUCAGAAGACUGAAACAUAACUUGUGGCUGACAGGCCGGGGAUCAUUCUCAAGGCCAACUCUACCCUUUGCUAUUAUUGCAAUGUUCACUAAAUGAGAUGCAAAAAUGGAAAAAGAAGUAUGUUGAAUCCUCUGCAUCCAUGUGCUUAUGUAGUAUGUAAACAAUUACCUUACAUGAAAUAAAUGUUUUUAUCACAAAUCUGA